CAUGUAAACAGAGCCCGCCGGGAGGAGCCCCGGGACCGGAGGGAUCCCGUGUUGCCCGGCCCCGCCGCCUGCCCGAGAGCCUGCGGAGCUGCACGCUGCCCGCCCGGGAGGAGGGCACCGGAGAAGAGGAGGGAGGGAGGCGGAGGGAGCGGGAGGCGGGCGGCGGAGAGGAGGCUGAGGGAGCGGAGGGCGCGGCGGGCCAGGAUGGAUUUCCAGCAGCUAGCUGACGUUGCGGAGAAAUGGUGCUCCAACACGCCCUUCGAGCUCAUUGCCACCGAGGAGACCGAGCGCAGGAUGGAUUUCUACGCCGACCCCGGCGUCUCCUUCUACGUGCUGUGUCCGGACAACGGCUGCGGGGACAAUUUUCACGUGUGGAGCGAGAGCGAGGACUGCCUGCCUUUCUUGCAGCUAGCACAGGACUACAUCUCUUCCUGCGGCAAGAAGACACUCCAGGAAGUCUUGGAAAAAGUCUUCAAGUCGUUCAGACCUCUGCUGGGGCUUCCGGAUGCAGAUGACGAUGCGUUUGAAGAGUACAGUGCAGACGUGGAGGAGGAGGAACCAGAGGCAGACCACCCCCAAAUGGGGGUCAGCCAGCAGUAAACUCGCAAGGGCCCCCUUCUGAUGAGGAGUGAGCCCCGUGGUACCCGAGGUGGGGUCGCGUGCUCCUGGGUUAGCUCUUCGAAACAGGACAUCUGACUCCCAGCUUCCAAAUUAAAACGAAAUACCUUUUUAACAACCACAAAAUAUCUGGGAUGAGCUGUGCUCAGAAGUGACCUGCAUUUUGCUCCCGUUUCAGUGGGUUUCUAUGGAGUUGUCUCGGUAGCCUUGGCCAUUUCGAAUUUAGAGUCCAUUUUGUGGCUGACCAUUCUCUCUUGAGUUUAUGUUGGAGAACUGACAUUCGCUGACUUGAAUGUAGAGAACUCUGAAUGUAUUAAGGAUGUGUUUUGAGUCCUCACAGGUGACUUGAUCGCGGGAAAGCAUGGCAGAGAAGAAACGCAGUCUGCGCUUUUUAUGUACCUUGUAAGUGUUGUAAGUGAAAGGUUUUGCUUAUAAAGCAUGAGUUACAAUACCUAGUCAUCACACUGCACAAGUGCAAAUACAAGGGCAGAAAAGGGUAAUCACUGAGCUUUGAAUGGAGAGAGUAAAGGAAGCAAAGGACCUUCAAGUGUGCUGCCAUUACUGAGGUACCUAGAUACGCGGCAACUGGUUCAUGGUUGUACAAACAUACCUGCAUGGUCAGUUAUUUUAAAACAUGCUAAUUCCAAAGCCACUUUUAAAGUGUUAACAGUGGAAAAUAUAAAUGGGGUGACAUCAGUUACCGAUUUCGUUAAACUGUAAGCCGUCCCACAUAUGAAAUGAAACAUUUACCUUCUCUCUUUAUAAUGAGAUGGCAACUUGUUAAAUCAUGAAAACGUCCAGAAUCCAAGGGCCACUUCAACUUUGAAGCCAUAAAUUUAAUGGGAAAAUAAACCAGGAUAACAUUUUUUAAAAAUAUAGUGGGAUCCUUCUUUCUUAAUCUGUCUUUUAUCCUUUUUUAAAAAAAAGUCACAAAAAGGAUCCCACUGUAUAAUUUACUUAAAAAUUGUAAUCACGUGCUUCGAGGAACCUAUUUGCAGUGAGUUUUUAAAAUGAUAUGAAAGUGGGAAUCUUUUCAUCGCAGGUUAGCGUGGUUCAGAGGGGAAGUUUUAAUGAUCAAAACACUCAGACAACUCACAGAGACAAUGACAGUCAACCUCUUGGGGGUAUCCUUUGUCAUGCUCAUAUGGACUUAUUUAAAAUACUCAUUUUCUUGGACCCUCUGCAUCUCUGGUUCUAACAACAUUGGAUGCCAAGUGCUUCUUUUACGACAUUUCACUGAACGUAGCAUCCGGGGUGAGGAAGUUUUUAACAUGCAUACCUGUUAGGUUGUCAACGUUUCAAUUAAAAAAGAAGAAGGAAAAAAAGCAGCAGCCGCAGAAGCCACAUAGCUUCUGGGAGUCUUGUCUGUCUUCCAGGCACGUGGAUAUAAACCUGCUAAAUCUCGGCGUUUUUUGUCUAAUUGGUGCUCUGAGGAGUGCGCUGCUGGUGGUCAAACCGUGUACUGCAGUUUUAAGCCAUUGGGUAAAAUAAUAGAGUGGUUUCCAUCUGUGCGUCACAUUUUUUCUUGUCUUGAGAAAAGAUAGUCAAGGUUAGUUUCACGUCAAAUGAAUGUCCUUCCAGGGAGCCUAUUAACAAAACAAACUGGGAUGUUUCAUCCUGUGGGAUGAGGGUGCUCUGGGCUUUGCUCCCUCACCUGUGUUCUGAUUGGCUCCAGACCUGUGCACAGGUGUUUGGGAAGCUAUGCCUUCUGUAGAUCUUGCUCAGGUGUGGUCACCUUUGUUUCAACACAGUAAGCUGAAAGAAUGACUUCUGCAGUGGAGAUGAAGAAACUUGACUAGCUUGCUCCAUCCGAAGGUAAACUGGAAUUUUCUAUGUGGUAGAGGCUGAGCAUCUAAAUUUGCAUAUGUUUGAAAAUGGAAUGGACAUUGAUGUAAAAUGUAUUUUAUCCAAAAACUGUUUAGGUUUUGACCAGAUGCACUUUGGUAUUCUUAUGUGAAUGUUCUGUUCCUAAAAAUUGAGUUCACAUAGACUCAGCCAUUCUCUUGGGCUGAGGAGAAAUACAACCCUUGUUUUGUCCGGAGGUUGGGGAUAACAUUGCUGUAUGUUACUUAUUUUCCUGACAGAACCCCAAAAGGCAUUAGCAAAUCAGGUCAUUUCCUCUAAAACUUCCUUUUCUCUGUGCGUCCCCGCCAGUGCUCACUGACACAUGCACACAUUCGGGUCACGUGUGGCAUUCGAAUUGGCAUUGAGAAGCCUGUGGCUUCUGUUGUGGAAACAGUUCCAUGGCUGGACAAGCUGAGACUUUCACAGACAUAUUCAUGCUCUCCCAGGAGGUGACGGGGCACAGCGGGAGGAGCACUGACCCAGGAGUUAGGAGAGGGACCUGGGUCCUGGCGCUUACUCUACCAGUGACCAUGUGACCGUGGGCAAGUCACUUACCUAGCCUGAGACAAAGGGCACUUGCCCUUCCUGCUUUAACCACUGUUCUUCCAUAACUGCCUUACGAUGUGUAUGGGUAUGAAGAGCUACAAUAGAGGAGACUUGAAGGGAAGCGAGCAGGAAAUAUAUUUAGAAUCUGCCUGUCUUGCGGACCCUAGCCACAGGGCUACCUUAGAACGUGUUUCUGUUGGUCUGGAUGUGUCCGAGCCCCCUGAGGCCUGAUCCUGAGGGGCUGAUGACACUGUUCCAUGGGUGAGAGCCAGGCCCCAGAAGGCACAGAAAACAGACUUGUCUCAGUCAUCAGUGCUCUGCCUAUGGAAGGCAUAGUUUUAUUUGUGCCCUGCCAGAUUGCGGCUUUGGACGUGGGAUAAGUUUAACUUAAUUGAGAGGGGAAAAUUGCAUGAAGAAUAACUGGAGAAGGGUGACUUUUACUUUUUUUUUUUGCCAUCUCAUUCAGUAGAGAGAAAGAGAGUGUGUGUGUGUGAGUGUAUGUGUGAGUGUGUAGGUGUGUGUACAGGAGAGCGAGUGCCGUUGGUCACUAUGGAAGCCUGCCUAUGAUGACCUUACAUGGCCCAGGGUUCAGUGACCCACAGGGACAUUUUUCUCAUGGCUACUGGUUACUUCUCUCUGUCUGAUAAUCAGACCAAGUGGACUCUAGGGAACCGGAGAGUGAACUAUGGAGCCGGGGGCAGGGAUGAGACCCCACACAGUGCCUGCCAUACGGUGUCCACUCCAGUCCCCCAGGCUCAGAACAGCACGUAGUCGUUGUUGUUCUUCGGUGACUAGAACACAGAAAGUCUCCUCCUUAGGAAUUCUCCUCGUGUCCUGGUGCAGAAUUAGGAUUCCAGUGUCCUCAAGUGGAAACCUCUCUCCUCUCAUAUUUACUGUCAUUUUUCUCGUGUCAGCAGAAGCCAUUCUCUAGCACAAUUACAUCUCUAAAUAGUGUUUCUGUUUGAUAAGAGCACAAAGUGUGUGGCCCCCGGGGAGCUGGGAGGGCAGAGCGGCCCUGGACCCUGCUUCGCUCCUGCGGACUGACAAGCUGGGAGACAGGCGUCUGAACCAGUCCGAUUGCCAUGGUUUUGGGGGCAGGUAGGAGGAGGCAGGACUUAAAUCUGGGAUGGGAGAAGAUGAGUAAGGGAGAACGAAUUAGGGAAGGGAGAAUUAGGGUCUGAUUCUUUAGAAAAACAAAGUAAAAAGCCAGGAGGCGGUUAUCGUGGAAGGUCCAGGAAAACUCUUUUCAUGGCUAUGCCCCUAGGAGGCUGCUUAGCUCAAAGGGACUGGCUGCCUGUUGCGAGGCAAGGCCUGUGUUGGGAAUGGCUUCUUAGCUUUGAAUAUGCCGCCCAGCCAAGGAGACAGUGGGUGUCCUGCCAGUCUGGUGCAGUCCUUGCCCUGGAGAAGCCAGCUGUCAGGCAGAUGAGCCCGUCUUUCCAAAGUGCUGACAGACUUGAGAGAGGCACCAAUCACAUGCCAGGCUGAAUGUGAACUGAACUUGAUCUUGCUGUCAGCUGCGGAGGGGCCCGGGUCAGGGAUGCCCUCCCGCAGGCUUGAGGGCAAAGCCCACCUACUCCACCAGCUGCAGGGGCCUGGAAAGAACGUAGUUAAAACUCAAGCGAGUCUCAUAUCCCACCUGCCUAGUCUUCAGAUUACCAGAGAAACCUACAGCUUUUCUUUUUUUGAAUUAAAAACUAAUCCUCUUCCCAUAAAGACUCAAUCAGUUAUCUUGGCUUUGUAAUACCAGAUAUUAUAACAUGAAAGGCUGAAGUCUUUUCGAUUUAUACAGAAUAAUUCUAAAAUUUGCCAGGAUGCCAGUAGCCUCUGGUGUCCAUGGCAACGUGGUGUCCAUGGUACAAUAUCUAUAGCUCACAUUCAUUGGGCAAAUUGUUAAUAAUAUGUUGUCUUUGAUAUAUUUUUUUAAAAUCUGGAUUGCAAAAAUAGAGGACCUAUGACUGUUUUGUGUUAGGAAGCCCAUUUAAAGCAUUAGAAGCCUGAAGAGGAUUACACAGUUAAAAGCAGGCACCAGGCCACAUAAAAAUAAACAUUUAAUUUACUGAGAACUGUGUAUUCAAGUUGUCUAGUACCGCAGAGAAAGCUGACAGUCUGUUCUUUAUAAAACUGCCUUUCCCUGUUUUUUUCUUUUGUUUCAUUGGAUUUAUUUUUUUCGUUAGGACCUUCUGGUAGCUAGGCAGAGGGAGAGAGAGGGCAGUACUCGGUGCACAAGGCGGCUUUGCAAGGGGGAAAGUAAAUCAUUAGUUCUAAACAAAUCUGAAACUAUCCGCGAACCAGUCUUAAUGUGUGUAUGAAAGCAGUUUAACCGUCUAAUGAUAAGCAAAAGCAAGGAAGAGUUUGAGGGGUGGGGUUCUUAGGCAAAAAAAAAAAAAAAAAAAACAAGAAAAGAAAAAAAUUUCAUGCAAGGUGUGUAUGCUUUCUUUGCCUUUAUUAUUUCCUUUCCAAGAAAUCUCUUGUAAAUGACAAAACUGUGAAAUGGGUUGCCAAACAUCUUUGCCCUUUGUAGACGCUUCCGGCAGUGUGAAUCCCGGACUGAACCCUGUCCGCAUCUGCUCCUUUCUCCCAAGAGAGAGGCUCUCAUCCCACGAUGUAAUUACCAUACGCUUGCUAUUAAAGACCCU